CCUGGCGGUGGAGAUCAGCUCCUGAUGUUCUGCGGUGGAGAUCAGCUCCUAUGUUCUGCUGGCUUCCCUCAGUGCCUCCCCUCUGUCUACCACUGACCUGGGCUACGCCUCCCGCAUCGUCAGGUGGCUGGACACAGUGGUGGCCCUCCAGGCCCUGGCUUUCUACUCCACCAGGGUGUACAGUAGAGAGGGUUACAGCACAGUCACAGUACAGUCUCCCAGUGGGGCACAGCACAUCUUCGAAGUGAACCAAAACAACAAGCGUCUCUACCAGGAGAGGGCGCUGCAGUACACAGAAGGGAAGUACAUCGUGGAAGGGCAAUGCAGGUGGCGCUCCACUACAACAUCCCUACUCCUACUGACAGCACAAAGCUCAGUAUCCAGGUGAAGCCAGAGGUGGACUGCAACAGUAACUCUUUGAGACACAGAGUCGCGCUGAAAUUCCAGUCUCAAUAUCAUGGAAAGGAGCUGACCCCCAAUAUGAUUAUAGUGGAUUUGAAAAUGCUGUCUGGGUUUGUCCCAGACCCAGGCUCUUUGUGGAGGUACCCAUCACUAUUCCUAACUUUCAACCACACCCUGGACAUCAUACAGGAGCUCCCAGUACAGAAUCUAAAGCCAACGGUGGUCAAGAUCUACAACCAGCCAUGCAAGUUUAUGUCUAACCUUCCCCAAAAAAUGCAAGAAGACAAUUACAUUCACAGAGGUCACACCUGCAACCGCUGAGACAUCCUUCAAGCACUAAAGUAAACUAUUUAACUG